CCUGUGGGUGUAACUGAAAUACAGCUGGUUUCAAACAAUUACAGAUGAGUUAAAAGUGAGUGGGAACAACUGUGGAAGCCGUGUGAGGGGCUGAGAGCUGUAAGCCUCGGGGUACUCAGCACCAUAUAAAAGCAGGUUCUUAGGUAGCACAAACAAGGGCUUUAUGGGAGGAAAAUGGUACCUCCAGGUAUCUUAUUUCAGGAUGGUAACUGCUUUGCAGUCUGCCCUGUUCACAAGCUUUUACUGGACAAGAUACACACAGGUGACAACCUGCGUUAGAGGAUGAGCUCAUGGCUACUUCAUGCCCAUCCAGACUACAAACAGCUACAAGGAUGGACUGUGUUCCAAAACACACUGAUGAUUAGUGAGAAACACUGCUUUCUGAAGAAUAACCAACUCUCAGCUUCAUGCCAUCACCCUCUGUCCUGUCCCCAGAUACAUAAAACAAAAAAUGAGAAGUGCCAUUAAAGCAGGCAGUAUGCACACAGAUGUCAUGGGAAACAUGCCUUGAGAAGUGCUCCAACACAGGCUGCGUAUUGUAGCAGAUCUACCUUGCAAUCAUCUAUUUAUACAUGAAAAUACAACAAAAGUGUGCAAAACGAUUCCCCGAGGUGACAAUAUGACCACUCAACCACUCUCACAUGAGGAAAGCCCAGCGUGAAUCUUUAUCAUGCUACAGCUGCUAAAAGCCACCAGCCCAAGGCAGAGCCCUGCAGCUCGGCAGCCACGGUGGGCAGAAGGGCCCAGACGUGCCGGGCGAGCCGCGGGAUCAGCUUUGCCCUCCCAAAGCGCGGUGCCUGCGGGAGCGCGGCGACAAGCGGAAGCGUUUGAGUGAGGCGCCUUGUUUCCCACCCGGCGCGCUUUGAAAGGCGGGGCUGCGGGGGGCCGCGCCGUGAGUUCCGGGCGUGACGCGCGCAGAUCAUAGCUUUGGAGCUUUCCAGCACUGACAUUCCUGGAGUCUGCUGUGCCUAGCUGUAAUGAGCUCUUCGCUGGUUGCUUAUGAUGAUUCAGACUCCGAGACAGAAACUGAAAAGGCUGAAGUCCCCAAUACUUCUGGCAGACAAACAAACCAUCCAAGUCCUUCUGUGAGUUGUGCUCAGUACUUUGCACCUGGUAGUCUGAGUACAAAAUCUACAUAUGAAAUGCAGCCUGCUGAGAACACUGACAGCUCUGGCACAAGAACUGUUUGGGAGGAUCCCCCUGAGAGUUAUGCACAGAAUAAUAAUGCUGAUUUGACUUCUUAUAGUAGAAGAGCAUACUCUGGCCAUGCUGCAUUAUGUAUGUCCUAUAAAAACUAUGAACAGACAUCAAGCUCUUCAACAAACUCUGGAAAUGGUGUUUCACAGAAGAGAAUGCAUAAAGACUGUACUACCAUGAAAGGAAUUAAGCCAUAUAUCCCUAAAAGAUUGCGUCAAGAAAAUUCCAGUGUGCCUGAAAACAAAGCAGCUCAUGAGAGAGAGAGCUCAGACUGUGGUGUUAAGCUGGGCACAUCAGGAGAGCAGACUUGGGGAAAGAUCUCUGAACUAGUAAAGCCAUAUUUGGGAUUCAAAUAUAAAUUAACUGAAAUCCCCAAAAGCUUGGUGUUUUGCAUGUGUAAACACAGCGGCCCUGUUAAUGAAAUCCAGUGGUGUCCUGCACGAGAGCAAAGUCACCUGCUUCUCUCGGCUUCUAUGGAUAAAACAAUCAAGGUCUGGGAUGCUGUAGAUACAGGCCGCUGCUUAAAAGCCUACUCUUGUCAUUCCUGUGCUGUUCGAGCUGCCCGGUGGUCGUCUUGUGGAAGGACAAUCCUCAGUGGGGGCUUUGACUCCAUGCUGCAUUUAACAGACGUAGAAACAGGGAAGCAGAUAUUUAGCAGCAACAAUGAAUUUCGGAUCAGCGCUCUGAAGUUCCACCCUACGGAGUCAAAUGUUUUCCUCUGUGGUGGUUUCAGCCCAGAAGUUAAAGCCUGGGAUACAAGGACUUCUAAGGUGCUGAGAGUGUACAAAGCUGCAGUACAACAGACACUGGAUAUACUGUUUCUCCCUGAAGGGAGGGAAUUCCUGACAAGCACAGAUGCCGUGAGCCGGGACUCAGCUGACCGUACCGUUAUUGCGUGGGACUUCCAAAGUGCUGCAAAGAUCUCCAAUCAGAUAUUUCAUGAGCGUUACACUUGCCCAAGCCUGAGUGUGCACCCGAAGGAGCCCGUGUUUGUUGCUCAGACCAACGGGAACUACAUGGCUUUGUUUUCUGCCCAGCGCCCCUACCGAAUCAACAAAAGGAAAAGAUACGAAGGGCAUAAGGUGGAAGGAUUUGCAGUGGGCUGUGAAUUUUCUCCAGAUGGAACACUUUUGGUGACAGGAAGUUCAGAUGGCAAAGUGUUUUUCUACAACUAUCAUACUGCUCGGAUUAUUCGCACUUUGUCUGCACAUGAAGAGGCUUGUGUGAGCGCAAUAUUUCACCCAGUCUUGCCAUCGCUCCUCGCAACGUGUGAUUGGACUGGGGAAAUCAAGAUCUGGCAAUAACAAGCAGAGUUAGUGUUCAGGAUGUCUCCUGUUAGCCUGUCAAAGGCAGAGGAAAUAAACCUUUGGUUUGGAACGUGGAAUGUUUUUGUGAUGUGUUGUAAGGAGGAGAGAUUGUUGUCUUGUCUUUUAUGGCCUCUAAGUGUGUGCUUUCAGAAAGGAGUUAAGAUGGUCUUGUGGUUAGCUAGCGAGUCUCCCUCCCUCCCUUGGCCCUGUUGACAAAUCUGUCCCUUUUGUGGCAAUCUUUUAGCCUUGUUUCAGUAGCUAAACCUAAGAAAAUUAUUGCACUUUCUAUGUAGCUUUUCAAUGCAGUUUUCUCUAACCCACAUUUUAUCAUUGUAUCGUUUAAGCUGUAAAAAGCCUGAGUCCAACAGUAAACUCAACACUGCCAAGUCCAUUAAACCAUGUCCCUAACUGCCACAUCUAACACCUUGUAAAAUAUCUCCACCACCUCCCUGGGCAGCCAAUGCUUCACAAACCUUUUGGCAAAACAAAUUUCUCCUGGUCUUCAAUCUAAACCUUCCCUGGUGCAACUUGAGUCUGUUUCCUCAGCAUUUCGUGAGGACAUGUACUUUAACAGAGAAUGACACUGAGAUUAAUUAAUACCUGUUUGAUCUUCCUGGAAUUGUAGCUCUCUUUUUUAUUUUUGUCAUUAAUUUAAAUUAGUUUUGACUAUUUUAGCUCUCUGACCUGGUCACUGAAGGGUUAGACAAGCGAUAAUGGAGUUCAAGCAAAGCAGCUUCUCCACGCGAGAAGGAGGAAGAUGACAGGGUAGGUGGGACUGUGUCUGUUGGAAAUGAGAAGCUGUUACCACCUCAACUUUAUUGUAAAAUGCCUUCUGAGGGUUCCAGGGAAAGAUGUGCCAGAUGACUUGAGGUUCAACAUGGGGUUCAACAAGGACAUGAGGUUCAACAAGGACAAGUGCAGAGUCCUGCAGCUGGGAAGGAACAACCCCCUGCACCAGUACAGGCUGGGGGUCGAACUGCUGGAGAGCAGCUCUGCAGAGAGAGACCUGGGUAUCCUGAUUGAUAAUAAACUAAAUAUGAGCCAGCAAUGUGCCCUCAUGGCCAAGAAGCCAAUGACAGCCAGGGGGCAUCAAGAAGAGUGUGGGCAGCAGGUCGAGGGAGGUUCUGCUCACUCUCUACUCUGCCCUGGUGAGGCCUCAUCUGGAGUCCUGUGUCCAGUUCUGGGCUCCCCAGCUCCAGAGGGACAGGGAACUGCUGGAGAGAGGCCAGUGCAGGGAUACCAAGAUGAUCAGGGGACUGGAGCAUCUUUCAUACGAGGAAAGGCUGUGGGGCCUGGGGCUGUUUAGUCUGGAGAAGAGGAGACUGAGGGGGGAUCUCAUUAACAGUUAUAAAUAUCUAAAGGGUGGGUGUCAGGAGAUUGGGACAUCCCUCUUUUCUAUAGUAGCCAAAAACAGGACAAGUUGUGAUGGGAUGAAGCUGGAACACAAAAAGUUCAACUUAAGUAUAAGAAAAAACUGUGUCAGUGUUUCAGUGAGGGAGCCCUGGCACAGGCUGCCCAGAGGGGGUGUGGAGGCUCCUUCCUUGGAGGGCUUCAAGACCCGCCUGGACACGUUCCUGUGCAACCUGAUCUAGGUGACCCUGCUUCUGCAGGGGGCUUGGACUGGAUGAGCUCUAUAGGUUCCUUCCAACCCCUACCAUUCUGUGAUUCUAUGUCUUGAAACUGAUUUUGAAGUCAAUAAAUUUCUGUUCUUGAAA